AUGGCGGCGGCGGCGGCGGCGGCGUCGGGUUCGGUCCCUGCGGCGCCCAGGGUGGGGCUGCUCUACGACAACCGGAUGUGCGCGCACGCGACGCCCGACGGGGAGGACCACCCGGAGAACCCCGAGCGGCUGCGGGCCAUCUGGCGCAAGCUCGCCGCCGAGGGCAUCGCAUCCAGGUGUCAGGUCCUGGAGGCGAAGGAAGCCAAUGAGAGCCACAUAGCCUCUGUCCACACCCAGGACCACAUAAAGCUGAUGAGGGAUAUCAGCUCAAAGGAGUACGAUUCCAGCCGAGAUGAUAUCGCAAAGGGAUUCAACUCUAUUUACUUCAACGAGGGCUCCUCAGAGUCCGCUUUCCUCGCAGCUGGUUCUGUUAUAGAGGUUUCUGAGAAGGUUGCGGCUGGUGAGCUGAAUUCUGCUAUUGCUCUAGUCAGGCCCCCAGGCCACCAUGCUGAACAUGAUGCGGCAAUGGGGUUUUGUCUCUUCAAUAAUGUGGCUGUUGCAGCUAAUUAUCUCUUAAAUGAGAGGCCUGACUUAUGUAUCAAAAAGAUACUAAUCGUCGAUUGGGAUGUUCAUCACGGGAAUGGCACACAGAAGAUGUUCUAUGAUGACCCUCGUGUGUUGUUCUUUUCAGUUCACAGAUUUGAUUUUGGAAGCUUCUACCCUUCUCAAGGGGAUGCAUCUCACUGCUUCAUUGGGGAAGGAGCUGGUCAAGGGUACAACAUUAAUGUGCCUUGGGAGCAUGGUAAAUGUGGUGAUGCAGAUUAUGUCGCUGUAUGGGACCAUAUACUGCUUCCUAUUGCAGAAGCAUUUGAUCCUGAUAUAAUAUUAGUGUCUGCUGGAUUUGAUGCAGCCCUGGGUGAUCCUCUUGGUGGUUGCUGUAUCACUCCAAAUGGAUAUGCACUGCUAUUAACAAAGCUGCUGGGUUUUGCAAACGGAAGGGUGGUGAUGGCUCUUGAAGGAGGUUAUAACCUUAAGUCCAUAGCAAACUCAGUUUGUGCUUGUGCAAAAGUUUUGCUGGGAGAUAAGUUUGCAUUUAACGCUCGAGAGAAGCGACCAUUUGAAUCUACGUGGAGAGUUAUAAAAAUGGUACGUGAUGAAUUAAAGACAUACUGGCCUGUUUUGAGCAGUAAGCUUCCGAAGAAUGUACCUUUGAGGAGUGCGCCCUUGUAUAUCGAGCCGUACGCUUCCUCUGGUUCUGAGUCUGAUGUUGAAGAUGUUGAUGAGCUUCCUGAUGCUGUUUCCUCUGUUGAUAUUGUUCAAGUUGUUGAUGAUGGUUUAAGUGAACGCAUCACAAUGUUGAAACUUGACCAAGAUAAUGUUGCAACAAAGAACACCUCAAGCUGCACAACAGUUGAACAAAGUCCAACUGAUUCAGUUCAAGCGCAAAAUGAUGGAUCUGUGGUGGCGCCUACAAGAAUAUAUGAUCUCUCAUUUACUUGGAGAUCAGCAUUGUCAAAAGUUUAUGUUUGGUAUGCUAGCUUUGGUUCAAACAUGUGGACACCAAGGUUCUUGUGCUACAUUGAAGGUGGGAAGGUGGAUGGUAUGAGUAUAUCAUGUUUUGGAUCACAUGACACAAGCCCACCAAGGGGUACCAUGUGGAAGAAUGUGCCUCACAGAUUGUUUUUUGGGAGAUCCUCUACCCCCUGCUGGGGUACUGGUGGUGUUGCUUUCCUCAACCCUGAGAUAAACUACAAUGAUAAGUCAUACAUCUGCAUGUACAAAAUAACGCUUGAGCAAUUCAAUGAUGUAUUGUUUCAAGAGAAUCGUUUAGUGGAUAGCAGCGAAGAUGGAAAAAAUGAGUUUCCGGACUCUCCUUUGAUUGGCUUGUCGGAAAUGGAGUCUAUCUCUUCAAACAAAGCUCUUCAUCUUGAAUCUAUCAAGGAUAGCUGGUAUUCCAAUGUAGUUCAUCUUGGAGAGGAGGAUGGUCUUCCAAUUCUAACUAUGACAUGCCCCUCAACAGAUGUUGCGCGGCACAAAUCCGGCGAGCUGCCGUUAGCUCCUCCAUCUGAGACCUACUCCGCCACUCUGAUCAAGGGACUCGUGGAAGGGAAGCAGCUGGACACGAAGGAAGCUGCCAAUUACAUCAACGAUGCUGCCGCAAGAGGCCUGUGAACUUGUGGAAGCUCCUUGUUUUGUACAGCCAGUGGGAAGUAGAGCUUGAUUCAGGACUAGGGGAGCCAUAGAUGCAUCGCUUUGUGCCAGCGGAUGACAUUGGGUUUGAUUAGGUUCAGUAGGAUCUUUCAGAGUUUGCCCGGGUUUGAUCAUUGAGAGAAUUCCAUGUAUGGAACAACUUUCAGUAGAACAAAACGCAAUCUCUCUCCCAGCACACCAAACCAAACUUGCCCGAAUUAGUCCAGUUAUCUUUUGGUGUUAUGUUAUAUAUGUGGCUGUUGCUAUUGCCA